AUGGAAAGGGACAUGCUGUUUCCGAUACGCGACUCUCGCUCUAUCCGCAUACUCGUCUUGCACGCUGGCGACUCCAGCGAGUCUCUCCAAGGGGAACUGGAGUUGAUUACCAUCGGCACCGGCCGGCGCAAGUAUGAGGCCGUCUCAUAUGUCUGGGGAAGCCUGUCAAAGACGCACGAGAUGAUAUGCGACGGGGGUCCCGUGUCGAUAACAGAGAGCCUUCACGGAGCUUUGAAGCGUCUACGCUUCCCCCACAAGUCGAGGCACCUCUGGAUCGACCAAGUCUGCAUCAACCAGGACGACCCCGAAGAGAAGAGCAGCCAGAUACCGUUGAUGGAUGCCAUGUACCGGAAUGCCACUCGCGUGUUGUUCACCCGCGCGUGGGCUGUCCAAGAGAUAGGCACCAAAGCACCAUCGACACUCUUCUGGGGUGAUGCCCAGGUGGAAUGGGCGCUUUUGCACUCGGUCUGCGAGUCGUUGACAGACUACCACCACCUGCGGAAGCAUGUCGACAUCCAGACGCCCAUAGUCAAGUACAUGUAUCGUCGCUUCAUCGAACCUGACCGAUCAUCUCGCCAUGCCAACCGAUUCGGCUUCGUUUACGAGCUCCACCGUGCCAGACACCUGCUGGCCUCCGACCCAAGAGACAAGGCCUUUGCCAUGCUGGGACACUACUCCAUUCGUAACGGCCCGAACCGACAGCUGAGGGACCUGAAGCCGAACUACACGAAGAAGUUGGAAGAUAUCUACAUGGAUGCCGCAAGCAGGAGCUUGGUGGGUGACAGCAGCUCGCUCUUGACACUAGCCGCUGUUCAGCACGACAGUAUCCCUUCCGGACAUGGCGCAGUGAGCCUGACCAGUUUGGACUAUUCUUCAAUGGCAUCACCCAACAAGUUGCCUUCGUGGGUUCCGGACUGGCGUAUCUACCAGUCACACAUCCUCUCGGAACCUACCAGUCCUCACCGUGCUGGGGGGGGGCGGGCAGCCCGACUCUCAAAGUGGAUCAGGCAUCCGAAGCGUUACACAUCAAGGGAACCAUCGUCGAUACCGUGGUUGCGUGCUCGGGUCCCUUCCCCCCCCCCCCCGCGAGUUCCACGUCAAUGGAUCCGAAUGGUCCACGGCGGCCGAGAAGAUCUGGCGUGUCGUUUGCGGCCAGUCUGA